CAUUCAAAAAUCUUCAGACAUCAGAGAUUAGAUUCGAGAUUAGUAUACUCUCUCUCUCUCUCUCUCACUCUUCUUCGCCUCUUUCUCUCUCUCUCUACCCAUUUAUCUACCCUCCAUUGCUUACUAGCUCACAAAAAUGAGAAAUUUGAUUACCUGAAAGCUGGGGAGGGACACCAUCGAGAGAGAGAAAGUGUGAAAGCUCAAGGAACGCCUCUGAAUCUUGGUCGCAAGUAAUGGGUUACCUUUAUUUGGGCUCAAAUUGAUCGAGUAGUUUUGCUUUUGAUCUCACUCUUUUUCAGUCUCUCAGGGGCAGCCUAAAUUGAAGAACUUUUCGUGUUGAUAUGUGAUGCUAAGUAUUAGAUCAUUUGUCGCAGACGCCAUUGUAUACUUCUUCCCUUAUACAAUAAUCGAUAUUUUUGUGUCAAAGCUGAACACUAAAACUGUGUGCCCAAGAAGUGUCUUCUGUGGUUCGCCAAUUCUGUUGGAGGUUUAAUUGUUCAGUGUGCUGCACGUUGUUUUGGGGGAGUAUAUCUAUUCUGAUGCAAGGAACAGGGAGAAGCAUUAAUCUGUUUCCAGAAAGUGUUGAUAUUGUUGGGCAGGGGUCAGAUUCACACAGUGGUAUGAAUCAGCAGACCUCUUCAAAUACCAUGGUACCUCCUGUAGAAAGUCGGUGGUCCAGUUAUGCAACUCCUGGUGAGUUAUUUGUAAAUGCUGGUAAUAAUGAAGUACAGAACUUUGCUUCUACGAGUGAACCUACUGGAUCUGGUUUUCGAAACCAGAUCAAUGAUGAUGGGAUUAAAAUAGAACAUGGUAGGUCUUCAUAUGGUGCUCAACUCACAGUUGGUUCAAUGUCUGACGAAGUCCUUUUUCCCGAGACUUCUGUCAUUAGUCUUGGUAGUAAUCAGGUAAGAAAUGGGCAUUCCUUCUUGCAAGGUUCUAGCUCUAGUCAUAUCCAUCAAAAUAUGAAUUUAAAUGCAGGAUUUGUUAGCAAUAGUGGUAACGGUGAUCAGGGAUUUGAAGCUAGUUUAGGCUCAAAUCUCUACUUGUCAAGCAGAAUGGAAACGGAGCAGACAUCUAGUGCUACUGUUUCAUCUGAUAUUGGUGGAACCUCAUCUGGAAGCUCUGGUGGUAUUGUGGGAAAAAGUGAUAGUAGCUCAGGUACUCUCGGCAACUGGGGUUUAUCCUGCAAGAGAAAGGCUCUUGAAGGUACUUCGGGUCAGUCAUGUUCUGGGGGAAGUUCUAGCUCUUUUCCGCAAGCUGAAAAUUCUGCAUGGCAAACUGGUGCUGCUCGAUAUAAUCCUUCUAGCAGUUUACGUUUAUCUGCACCGUCAUGUACUUUUCCUAGUGGGAGUACUUCUGAUCAGAGUGACUCAAGAACUGUAGUCACUACAGGAACAGUGGCUUCUGAUUCCUUUCCUUCUUCAAAUAUUACAGAAAAUCCAGAAGCUUCACGAAGGCAUUUUGGUGGUGAGUCUAAUGCUAGGUCUCGACGUGAGUCUUUACUAUUCAAUUUAGCCUCUGCAGAAAACUCCAGGCGGUCUUUUCUGCGCUUUCCUCAUCAAGCUCCUAGUUCUGCCCCAUUCAGUGUACCCUUGGACUUGAGAUCAACUGCAGCAGCAAUCAAUUCAGGUGCUUCACAAAACCAGUCUCACACUGUGCAUGUCCCUGUAUUGGCAGGAAGUACACAUGCUUUUCUUUGGAAUGGGGCUUCUAAUUCUAGAGCGGGAAGCAUGCCAACUUCUUUAGCACUUGGAGAAAGAGGUACAGAAGUGCGAGAAGAAUCAAACGUAAUAAACAUGCCAAGAACUAAUGUAGAACAUCCCAUGUUUCCAUCUGCAAAUGAAAUAAGAAAUUUAGCACAUGAUCCAAUGCUUUCAAGUUUGGCCUCUGGAAACAUAAGCACUUCUCUUGGUAUUCCUUCUUCUACAAGGAUGGUCUCCUCUUCCAGCAGUCCUCCUUUAUCCUCUUCCAGCAGUCCUUUAUCUACACCUGGGUGGAUCCCUCAUCACAAUCCUCCAACGCAAAGCCGUCAAAGAACAUUGGAAUUUGCACCUUGGUCUCUGUUUCCAUCUGGUGAUUCUCAACCUGGAGGUCGCAGUGGUCAUUCUAUCCCAUCACCUCCUGGACCUUCAUCUUCUUCACAGGACACAAUAAUGUCUUCUGGGCGUAAUAACCAAAACCGUCAUCAAUCAUUACUUAGGUCAGCAUUCAUGGGAGACAGACAAGGUGAAGAUGUUCUUAAUAUUUCUAAUUCACUGCGGGUUUUAUCUGCUGACAUUGAAGGGAGACGUCGACUGAUAUCUGAGCAGAUUCGUCAAGUCUUGCAUGCUAUGCGUAGGGGAGAAAACUUACAAGUUGAGGAUUAUAUGCUUUUUGACCCGUUCGUAUAUCAUGGUAUGGCUGAAAUGCACGACAGGCACAGAGAUAUGCGCUUGGAUGUUGAUAACAUGUCCUAUGAGGAACUUUUGGCUCUGGAGGAACGCAUAGGAGAUGUUAGCACGGGACUGAGUGAGGAGAUGGUUUUGAAGUUAAUGAAACAGCGCAAAUAUGAACCUAUUUCAGUAGAAGUUGGACCAGAUCCCGAACCAUGCUGCAUCUGCCAGGAGGAAUAUGCUGAUGGAGAUGAUGUUGGAGCCCUCGACUGUGGACAUGAUUUCCAUACUGACUGUGUCAAACAAUGGCUUAUGCAGAAGAACCUGUGUCCUAUCUGUAAAACAACAGGCUUGCUAACGUGAAGGAGAAAGUCAUCCAAGCUCUUAAUCAUAGUAUUUUAAGUUGCUCUAUCGCUACAUUCAUCAAUUGGCUCCCAAAAUAAUCUAUUUAUGAAACUUUUCACUUGAAACUUGGCGUAGUUACAUAUAUCUGCCUGGUUUCAGGGAAAGAUUAAAGUGGGGUAUGGGUAAGUAAAAAAAAUAUAUAGAAACUUUUAAAUUUGGUUGAUGGAUCAUAAAAGGAUUUGUUUAUAUAUGUUUAGCAAUGUAUAAUUUUAAAUCAUGGUGACUAAUAGUACAUUGGAGUAAUAUUUGUGACAUCUUUGAAACUUUUA